UAGUCGCCGAAUAUUCUCAACUUCUUAGAAAUGCAAGAAAGAAUUGAUUUCUAUAAAUCUUGUUGUGAUCGAUCAUGUCCAGCCAAUACCGAAGCCAAAAAGGGAAAGGAUUAAUUAUGAGUGAGCGCAAGGUCGUUCUGAUCACCGGAUGCGGCAAGGGCGGCAUCGGCUACGACUACUGCAAGGCUUUCGCCGACCUCAACUGCGCCGUCUUCGCCUCCGACGUCGCCCAACGGCUGCCCGACCUGGCCGACCUGCAGUCGGAGCACGUGGAGACCCUCGAGCUCGAUGUGUCCUCCGACGCGAGCGUGGCGGGCGCUGUGGAUCUCGUGAUCUCCCGGCGUGGGAGGAUCGAUAUCUUGAUCAACAACGCCGGGAUCGGGAGCCCGGGCCCGUUGGCCGAGCUCCCGCUAGACGCGGUACGCAAGGCGUACGAGAUCAACGCGCUCGGGCAGCUGCGGAUGGUGCAGCGCGUGGUGCCGCACAUGGCGACGUGCGGUGGUGGAAGAAUCGUAAACGUGGGGAGUGUAGUUGGUGGAGUGCCGACCCCGUGGGCGGGCUCGUAUUGUGCCACUAAGGCGUACGUGCAUGCUAUGUCGCAUGCACUCCGAGUCGAGCUCAAGCCGUUUAGUAUUGACGUCGUCUUGGUGCUGCCCGGGGCCGUGCGGUCGAGCUUCGGGAGCAAUAAUGUGGAUAGGUUGAAGGAUUACGAGUGGAAAAUAUAUAAGAAUUUUAGUGAUUCUAUAUCGGAGAGAGCUAGAAUGUCACAAAGUGGCAAGUCCAUGGACGCCGCCGUGUUUGCUAGGCAUGUGGCGCGGCAGGUCGUGAGUUCGAAUCCUCCGAAGACGAUCACGUACGGUCACAUGACCGGAUUGUUUAAAUUUCUGUCGUGGUCGCCCCUUUGGGUGAGGGAUCUAUUUUUUACCAAAAGAUUUAAAUUAAACAAGGUGGUCGUGUGAUGAGUUGUUAAUUUGUUACACUUGCACAUUGUUGGAAAUUUUAGAAAUUCAAUUGAGUCUAUGUGCAAUUGGUUAAUUUUCAUUGUAUGUGACACCAAUACAUUAUCCAUUCUUAGGAAA